AUGAAACCGGAGCUGCGCGAGACUUGGACCCCGGCCGUCAAUAUCUUGACGUGGUUUAUGCUGGUGACGUCCAUUCUGAGCGUCUUCACUCGACUCGGGACGAAAAUCUGGAUCUUUCGCAAGUUUACAACAGACGAUUUCUUCAGUAUCGGUGCGGUUGUGACAUGUAUCGCCCAGUCAAUUGCGGUCUCUGUCGCGGCCAACGAAGGUCUCGGACAGCAUAUGGGCAAACUGUCGAGCGGCAGUCGUGACAAGAUGAUGAAGGCUCAAUACGCAGCCAGUAUAUUGUUCAUCGCCAGUAUGUGUUGCUCCAAGCUUGCGAUGCUCUUCUUCAUCCGCCAUCUGUCACCAGCCUCGUUGGAUCGCCGCUUCUCCCUGGCACUGGCCAUCUUCAUCGGCCUGUGGACUGUUUCAGGAAUCAUCGCAGCAUCCUUCGAGUGCCACGUGCCCCUGACAUGGAACUACAUCGGUGGCCAUUGCUACAAUAUGGUGGCCUGGUGGACAUAUCUCGCAGUGACCAACAUCCUGUCCGAGCUCGGCAUCGUCGCACAAGCCCUCCUUGUCAUCGUACGGGUCCAAGCCGACGCCAAUAAAAAGCUCGUCCUAACUGGCGUAUUUGGCCUGCGUAUAGUGUAUGUCCUCCCAUCAAAUCUGGACAGCGAACUAUCAAAAACUCAUUUUGUUCCUCUCAGUGUGAUCGUCGCUAUCAUUUGCCAGCUGGUCUACUUCUACCAAUCUCGCUCCUCAACCGAUCCCUCCUGGGACGCAUGGACCGUGACCGUGUCAACCCAGAUGGUCCAGGCUCUGAGCAUCAUCACCUCCUGUGCCCCACAGUUCAAACCCUUCCUCGACAGCCUCCGCUCCUCGGGGAUGGCCCUCGGAGGAAGCAGCUACAACAGUCGCCCGCGCACAUAUGCAUACGGUACCACAUAUAAAUCGCGGAGAGGGCGGACCGGUGACGCAAGCGAAACGCAUGAGCUCGUCAGUAUGCCUGACGCCCAUCGGGCUCUUGUAACCGCUUCCCCUGAUUUCGACGCGCAAAGCCAGGUAAGUCAGGCACAGAUUAAGGAGACGCGAUCGUGGAUGGUUACGGAAUCGUCGAGAGAGGGGAUUUGA